CCCCUUCGUAAUUACUUUAAAAAAAAAAAAAAAAAAAAAAAAAAAAAUGAUCAUAUGUGCGAAAGUUCUCUGAUAGCAUGAAUUAAUAAUUAAGUUUUAUGAUAAUAUUAACUAGUAUGUCAAGUUUCAUAUAUACGGACAUAAUUGCAAUGUACUUGUAUUUUCGAUCAAUCGAUUCCAUCGGAAAUCAAUAGCUAUUCCAAACUGUUCAUCACUGGUCCGAGAACAACCAGAACGCUGAGAACAUGAUCUGAAUAAUAAACCAGAAUAAUGAGCGUGAACACUGAGCACUCUCGCUUCCUCUCUGAUACAAGCCAUAAACUCUAUGACUUAUGACAAUAUAUAGUGUUUGUUUAGAAUUUUAAGCGGUUAGAAUGAAUUUUUCAUUAUCAAUAGCAUUAUAUUUUUUACCUUAAAUAUUACUUAUAGGGAUAACCAUUGUUUGAUACAAAAAUAGGUUAGGAACAUACGGAAAGGAAAUAUUUUAAAUUGUUAUGAUAUUUAGGUUAUGAUGUACAACAAUAUCGUUAAAAAUACCGGUAAUGAUUUAGUUAAAAAGUGAGCUUUUAAACACGAUUGAACGUUUAAAAAUGUUUAUUUCUUUUUGUUACAAAUAAUUUGUUGUUAUACAAUAUAAAAAAAUGACAGAUGAAGAAAGGGAUACCUUUUUAAAGUUUUUACGAGAUUUGAAAGUAAAAAAGAAAGAUUAUUCUACAUUUGAAGAAUCACUCGGUAUAUUACAAAAUUAUGCCGCGACUAAAGGGUUGAUAGAUGAAGAUAUCGAUUUGUUAGCAGAUAUUAUUAUAAAUACUGAAUUAGGCAUAUUGGACUAUCAACUAAUAGAUAAAAAAGUUAUAAAUAUAUAUUAUAGCGUCUUCUUUUAUAUGAUGUUGAAAAAGGAAAGACUGGAAAGACAUAUAGCACGUAUCAUUUAUGUAUUAACAAAACCAGAAGAUGUAACUCGCAGAGAUGUAUCUAGAUUACUAAAUCUUCAUCAGAAAUAUUCGAAACCUCGUAAACAUAUUAUUGUCUUAUUGUCAUUAUUCAAAUCUUACAAACCGGAAUUAGUUCCUGAAAAAAUUCAAUCUAUAAACACAGAAAGUGUAUGGAAACCGAUACCUGAAAUUUUGCGAUUAAUGCUUCAAGAUGCGAAAAGUCGUUUAGAGAGUCAACAAACACAGGACUUACAUUCAGAGUGUUUUAACUGGAAUGUAUUUGAGUUUAUGAAAACAAAGAAGGCUGUAGCACCUCUGUUACCACCUGUAGGAUAUUUUCAAAUUGGCUCCAAUAUUUUCAAAGAAAAGGAUACAAAAUCUAUCUUUGAGAUUUCUAGUACAGAAGAAUUGGGAAAAUUGCACUUAAGUGUAGAAUUACCGUGUAAUGCCAUAUCACUUUUGUCUAAUAUUGCUGGGUAUCACCUUCUUACAUUUGCUGAUUUCCACUAUCAGAGUAGAUUCUCUUAUAAUCUCUACAAUACUUUAGUAAGAGCAUUUAUUUUGGAAAAUGAAAAAUUUUCUACAGAAGAAAUUAACAAAUUACUUGAUAUAACUAUAGAAUUUUCACAAUAUAUGCAACAAGAUAUACUUGUCGUUAAUCGUUUCCUUGAUGAGUAUCUGUAUUUUAAUACGGGAGAAUAUCAAUCAAAGUUACUAGUUUUAUUGCAAUGGAUGACGUCGGUGUCUAUUAGCGAUUUACAGGAAAAGAUAUUAGUUCAUGUACAAAAUAUGUUUUACGAAUCAACCUUAAGUAUGAAGUGUGAAAUUAUCAGAACAUUGAAAAUGUUGAUCACAAAUUUGUUUGUUAGUCAAGCAUUUGAAGAAUGCAGUCAUAAAACACCUGCACCAUUUCUAGGGCAAGGUGCAGUGGAUAAUUUAGAAGAGGCCAUUCCUAUUCUCACAAAAACCACAAAAACCCUUAUCGUGUCUGGUUUAAACAUACAUUCGUACGAUAUUUUAUUACUCUCAGAAGCAUUAUCAUUUUAUGAGGAGAUUUGUAUAUUGGAAAAUCGAAGUACCAUAAUGUCGUUUACAUUAGCACCUCCUGCAGUAAUUUAUGGAGGUUUUAUUACGAAGCAUUGUGCGAUUUUGUCAAAAGUAUGCAAAUUGCUAUUGAGGUAUCGUAAUAGGUGUUUACAAUUAAAAAAUCGUAAGAUACAAAAGUUAUAUAAGAAAAAGUUUAAUACUAUAUCUAUCUAUGCUCAAGACAUUGUUGAAGCAUUAUGGUAUGACGAGCCAUUUAAAAAACGCAGUAAUAUGUACUUUUUAAGAAAUGUUCCAACGAGAGCGAUGGAAGAUUUAAAACAUUGCAAUCUAAAUUGCCUUUUAAAUAUUAGUAACCAUUAUGCCAUCUUACCUUACAAAUGUAUAUUGAACAAAACAGGACUGAGUAUUAACACAAGAGAGGCUGCUAUGAGCGUAGCAUUGUAUUAUUAUCCAACCAUAAGUGAAUUUCUUGAUAUAUUUCAAAAUUAACUGUAAUAAUAAAUUUAGAUAUUAAAAGGUAUGUACAUUAUUUCCGAAGAAAUUUAAGAUACUCUUGAGAUGUAAUAAAUGUUUUUAACUGUACGUUUUAUACAUUAAAACAAUAAUUUAUAAAGUUUGUAAUAAUAAGUACGUGUGAAAUAAGUUGAUUUAAAUUAAUCAUUGCCUUUUAUUUCUUUGAUUUUUACAUAAAAAUUUUCAUGUACAGUUCAUUCAACAGUCUUUAAUACAUAUCUACCUAAUGAAAAGUUACAUAUAAAUUAUCAUGGAUGCCUUGGGCUCAUACUUUAGAAACUAUAUCAUUUUUUUUUUACAUAUCUUUUAAUUUAUCUUACUUAUUUUAUGCAUUAAUAUUUAGUGUACACAUUGCAGUUGAUGGAAAAUUACUCAUGUUUACAUGAAAAUAGUAGCUUGACAAUGCAUUAUGCAGAAAAUCUCUUUGAAAGUGAGCGUGAACAUCUCUUAAAUUUAAAAUCUAUAUAAUGCUCUAUUAAAAGUAUUCUAAAUACAUAUUCUAGAAGAGGCCAUGCUAUCGAUGCAACAUCAUUCUAAAUACUAAAUAUACUUUAUAACUACCAUACUUUAAAACAAUACAUGUACGUAUUACUAAUACUAUUGAUAGUGCGUUAAAGAAUUGAUAGGGUACCAUUUUGAUACAUGUUAUUCAUCAAUAUUUCAAGUAAGUUUCAAGAACAGAACAAAAAUAUUUAUAUAUAAAAAAAAACUCGUUAUAACUGAACUAUGUAUAUAUUUAUCUACUGCGGAUUGAUUUUCACAAAAUCACAUUCAUUAUUGCUUUAGAAUUCAAUCGUACCGUGCAAAGGAAUGAAUAAAGAAUGUAAAUGUAUAAUACUAGUCACUAUGUUGAAUUCAAAGAAAGAUUUACUAUAAAUAUCAGUAUAUACGAUGUAUUACUAUUAUUUAAUUGAUACAAUAUAUACCAUAUUAGCAUAUUUUUCUACGUUUUCUUUUUCUUCGCUAUAAACUGAUACAGCUACGUACAUGAUAGUACAUCAUCGUGUCAAUAAUAACGAUUGAAGACAAUGACAACAUCAAGAACUUAGUGCUUCUAUAACGAUUAUAAUAUGUUAUAAAAUUGUCUCCAGUUUUAAUGAAUCAAUCAAAACUGUGAAACUUUGCUUAAUAUCAUAACAGUUGUACCAUCUAAACAUGUCUCAUGUUAAGCUGCAAAUGAAGUAUUUUCAAAGAUCGAUAUAACAACCAGAUACAUAUUCAUACAUUUAGUUAUUUAUACCUAUAAAAAUAAUGAUUAUAUAUGGUGACGCAUUACGCUAGAAAAUUAUAUUUUGCUAUGGACACAUUCAGAGAUGUUAUAACUACGAGUACAUAUAAGAAUUAACAGAGAAUGUUCACCUCUACCAAAAUUUUUAAUAGAUUCUUUCUUUUUCAUGAUAACAUACAAUUUGAUUUGCAAAUAUCUUGAAAAGAUAUUACAUGUUUUCAUUAAUAACUGUACAAGCACUUUACUAAGAAUAGCAUAGUUAAAUUUCAUCAAUCUUGAGCAAUGUAUCCAUGUUACCUAUACUAUUUUAAAUUGUAACAUGUUUUUAUGGACUGUCUUUGGUGUAAAUAUAUUCUCAGACUAGAAAAUAAUAGUAUCAAGAGGCCUGGAAUGUGAAAACAGUAAUGUACAUUAAAUUUAGUAGAUUUGGUAAAAGUGCACAUCAUUUUUCAUGAUAUUAACGCGAUCAGAAACUUUGCUUCUAUAUGUAGCGAUUAUAGUAUGUCAAUUAUAAUUAAUUUGUUCAAAUCAGAUAGUAUGAGCAGCAUAAAAUAAUGUUUGGAUAUUAAAAGUAUCAGUAGAAAUAGAAAUAUUUAUAACAAUGUUUAAUACUUAUGCUGCUUAAACUACUUUGGAUGUAAAGCCUGAUAUAUUCUUAUAAAGAUAGAGAAUAAAUUAAAAUUAUUAUUAAAAAAAAAAAA